AUGCCGUCGUUGCGAAUUGAGUUUGCGCCACAGCGUCAGAGGCUAGUACCGAAACAGAACACCUUGUUACGACUGAUUGAUAACUCGGGAAGACGGGUUGGCCACUUGCGGGACGCAUACAUAACAACCUCGACGACGGCCCCGGUGACAAAAAGCUUUGGCAACCCUCUUCGUCUUCGUCUUCGUCUUCGUCUUCGUCUGGCUCGAGUCAACGUGCACAUCAUCUACCGAAAGCGACUGAUCACGGCUGCUAAAAUGCCCGUUGCGCCCGUCAUUGCGCUCUCGCACGGAGGAGGCCCCCUCCCCGUCCUCGGCGACGAGGACCACGAGUCCAUCAUCUACUCCCUCCGCAACCGCAUCCCCAAGAUCCUCGGCCUGGGCACCCCGUCGGGCCCGCGAGCCAUCGUCCUCGUCACGGCGCACUGGUCCACCGACGUGCCGACCGUUUCCUCGUCCGCCCACCACGACCUUUACUACGACUACUACGGCUUCCCGGCCGAGUCCUACUCCCUCAAGUACCCAGCCUCGGGCGAUGCAGAGGUUGCCCGCGAGAUCAAGUCCCUCCUCGACGCCGAGGGUCUAGCCGGCAAGCUGGACCCCAAGCGCGGCUGGGACCACGGCGUCUUCAUCCCCAUGCUGCUCAUCAACCCGGCCGCCGACGUCCCCAUCGUCCAGGUGUCCGUCCUGGAGUCGGAAGACCCCGAGCGCCACCUGCGCAUGGGCGCCGCCCUCGCCCGCCUCCGCGAGAAGAACAUUGCCAUUAUCGGCUCGGGCUUCGCCUCGCUGCACAACCUCAUGGAGAUGCGGAACCUGACGACCCGCGGCCCGGGGUUCGCGCGCGAGUUCAAGGCCCUCUCGGACGAGUGGAACGACGCCCUGACGGGCGCGGCGACCAAGGAGGGCAGGGACGAGCGCUGGAGCGGGCUCAAGGCGUGGCGGACGAUGCCGCAUGUCGACAGGAUGCACCCCCCGCGGGCGGGCGAGCACUUCAUGCCGCUGCUGGUGUGUGCCGGCGCGGCCGGGGACGGCGAGAAGGCCCGUCUGUACAAGGACGCGUUUAUGGGCGUCGACAUCUUCACGUACUACUGGGGCGCCGAAGAGGUGGACUGA